GUACUCUCCACAACGUCGUCGGCGGCGCGGCCAUGGUGGACAAGCACCACUGCGUUCAAUGCAACACGUGGAUUCAAGGCGACCGGAUCAGCAUCCGCAACCAUGAAGCUAGUCAGAGGCACAAGGAACGAGUGAUUGCCAAUGCUUCACGUCGAGCGACGGAGAAGGAAAAAGCAGAACGACAGGAAGCGGAGGCCCAAAAGGAGCUCGAAGAAGUCGAACGUAAUGCCCGAGCGAGGUUCGCCAUGGACAUGCGUGGUCGAUCCAUUGCUGUGGCUUCCGACAGAUUCGACAUCCCAAUUGGAGCAGGACCUGUAUUGCCACCUCCACAUGCAGAAGAUGACGACGAAGUCCCACCACCGCCUCCUCCUCGUCACCUCAAGAGGACGCCACCUCCACCGCCACCGCGCCUACACAACUUUUUGCAGCAUCAGCAGUACCAACAUCCCCAUUACCAGCAAGAGCAGCAGUAUACUUAUCAGCAACAACAGCCAUACCAAGCAACGUCCCAUCCAGUUGUUGGCGCGUACUACUCGCUUCCACAAGCACCACCGCCGCCGCCCACUCGUCCGCCCUCGACCGUUGUCGUUCAGCCACCACCACCGCCAUGUUCUCCACCACGCCACAUUCAAACCCCAUCGCAUCCACCUCCACAAUGCUAUGCACCGCCACCAGUACCACCGCCGCAGCUACACCCCGCCGGCGAGCCAGCCACCACUGACAAACUUGAAAAGUCCAAAGGGUUUUACACCGUUCGAGGCGUUGUCUACCUCGAAGGCCCCGCGCACGAGGACAAACUCAAGAAAACCAAACAGUGCGAACUUUGGCUCGACGACGAAGAGAACUGGGUGCCUGUGACAAUCACGCGCAUCUUCACCACGACAGUACACGACACGAACGAAAAGUUCAAGCACUAUCAUGUCCAACGGCGGGACAUCCCAACGGCGCCGCCCAUCGAAGACGUGCGAAGCGAUGCGCUUCGCAUUCCCGCCACCAUGCCUGUGGGCAUGGUCGUUCCCGCCGAACGAGACCAGACCGCGGAAUUCCUGCACCAGGUGCAGCAGAUCGUGUCCGGGUCGACGCCGGCGGCCCCCGUGAAGCCCGCCGCGCCCGACUAUGGCGGGUGGUCCACGGUCAGCGUGCGUGUUGUGGACGACGAAGCCGAGCAAGCGGCGAUCGAGGCGGAAGCCGCGGCAUUUGAAGCCAAGAAGACGCAAAUUCAAAUCGAACGCGACAACGACUUUCUCAUGGAAGAGUCGUUGCAUGCCGACAAUGCGAUGGGCGCGUUCAAUCCGUGGGGCGGGCGGUACAAGGGCAUUGCGCUCGACGGCGCGGACCCGCCCCGAGAGGACUCGAAGGACGACAUGGCCGUGGCCCCUGUAGCCUUUCAGAUCAAGAAGGGGGGCCGGAAACCCCAAGGCAAGCGACGUGUGGCCGACGAUGCGUGAGGCCACGAUCCGAUCAAGACACGACCAACCAGUGGACCCAGCUAUGCUAACGUCCUUGACUUCAAAACCAUGGCCGGUUGCACAGAGUGAACGGAGCUACCAGGACACAGCGUGCAUCCAAAGUCACGUAGUGAAGCGAUGGACAAGAUUGUCCUGGCACGAGCUCCGGACAAGUCGCAUUGCACAACAAACUAUGCCUGAGUUACAUGGUGUCAGCGCUAUAUUGGGCUGAUUACAACUGUCCGCCUUGUGCUUUGAUGCGUUCGGCCUAGAGAAA